AUGGCACCCAAGAUCCUUGUUGUUCUCACCAGCCAUAGCCUGAUCGAGUCAAUCAACAAGCCUACUGGCUGGUUCCUGCCCGAAUUCUCCCAUCCCUACGAUAUUCUCGCACCCAAGGCCGAGAUCGUCGUCGCCUCGCCAAAGGGUGGUGUAGCCCCUCUCGACCCCGCCUCAAUUGAAUUCUCCAAGUCCGAUGACGCCGCCCAGAACUUCUACAAGACCAAGUCUGAGGUCUGGGAGAAGACCAGGCCCAUCAAGGAGUUCCUCGGCAAGGCGGAGGAGUACGACGCCCUCUUCUACCCCGGCGGCCACGGCCCCGUGUUCGACCUCGCCACCGACAUCGAGUCGAUCCAGCUCAUCAUCCAGUUCCUCGACGCCGGCAAGCCCGUCGCCGCCGUCUGCCACGGUCCCGCCGCCUUCGCCAAUGUCGUGGGCAAGGAUGGAAACCACGUCCUCAAGGGCAAGACCGUGACGGGCUUCACCAAUGCUGAGGAGGACAUCAUGCAGCUGACGAGCGCGAUGCCCUUCCUGCUCGAGGAUGCCCUAAUCAAGGCUGGGGCUACCUUUGUCAAGGCUGACGAGCCUUGGGGCGAGAAGGUUGUGACCGAUGGACUCAUCAUUACUGGCCAGAACCCGGCCUCUGCAGCUGGUGUUGGCAAGGCUCUUGCUACGGCUCUCGGUCUGUAA